CGACGGCAACACGACAGGCUGCAAUCGGUCUCUCGCCUCGUGCCAGUCGGCUUCUGCUUCUUCAAGCGCAUGGCCGUAUCGCAAGGCACUAAAAGACCCAAAAACCUCAAAGCCGGCUGCGGUGCCCGCCCUGCACGCACCAGCGCGACCGAGUGAGUGAUGGCACAGGAGGCGUCGGACGCCGCCGGCAUACUCCGCCAGUUGGCCUCGCAGCCGUUGUACAUCAACGCCCUUCUUGUGACUGUGACUGCGGCCGUCGUCGUGUGGCUCUGCCGGGGCCAUGCGCGGAGCCCGCACGAACCCAAGGCGAGCCAGCUCAUGCCCGCCUACGUGCCGCUGGAGAUUGGCCUCAGCACCAUCCUCUUGCAGUGCCGCGGGCUGGCUUCAUACUUGCCGUUCGCCCUACGCCGUCGGACAGGGUCGCUGUUCGGCAUCACGCGGCGACACCAGAUCUUGUACAAUCUGCCUGGGGUCGACAAGUUGUUUGCGGCGGGCCACCGCUCGCUGGACACAAACCCGCUGGGUCUGAGCAUGGUCCUACGCGUGUUUGGUGGCCUCGUGCCGCCAGAGCUUCGACCUCGCUUCCCGGCCUUGUGCAAGAAGCUCUCUGCCCCCGUGGAGAAGGGCUUUGUCAACGACGAGGCGGCCACCGCAGCCCUCGCGAGAGCCGACGUGCCCGGCAAGGUGGGCGCCAUGCUCUCGUUCUCGGAGGAGCCGGCCGAGCAGCGUCGCUGGGAACGGGCAGCAAAGGUCUCCGUCGUUACGAGGCCGGACCCGGCGGCGGGCCAUGCGGGCGCCGUUGAACUGGAUCUGGAGAAUCUGCUGCGAGACCUGGGCGCCUGCAUCUCCAUCCCACAGCUUUACGGCCAGGACUUUCUCGACCGCAACGCCACGCUGCUCGACGACUUUUGGAAGUUUGACAACCAUGCUUUCCCGCUGCUCGUCGCAGGCGCGCCGAAAUGGAUCCCCAUCAAGUCCUUCAAGGAAGGCGUGGCGGCCCGACGUCGCCUUCACAUUGCGCUCGGCGGCUUCUUUCGCCGUCUGAAUCAGUUCAUCAACGACGAGCCCGUCGACUUUGAUGCGGACAUGAGCGACGUCAGUACGGUUGCCAAGGAGAGGAACGCGGCAUUCAGCGACUUCGACAUCCCCAUCGAGAAUCGUGGAAGACUGGAGACGGGGACGUUCUGGGGCCAAAACGCAAACACGCAGCCGUUGGUCUUCUGGUUCAUUCUCUACGUCUACGCCACGCCUGGGCUGCUGGACGAGUUACGCAACGAGGUCCAGCCUCAUCUCAUGGUGUCGAGAGACGCUGCUGCGCCGCCGCAGAUCACGAGCGUAGAUCUGCCGGCGCUCGGACGAGACUGUCCGCUGCUCAAAUCGGCCAUGUUCGAGACCUUCCGCAUGGUGAACGAGCCGACUUCGAUACGAUACAUUGCCCGGGCGCUGCUAGUCCCCGACGGGAAGCAUCAACACCAGCUGGAGGCCGGGACGUGGAUCUCAGUCCCCCACGCCGGCAUCCAGCGCGAACCAUCCAUCUUCCCAGAACCGGACAAGUUCAUCCCAGAUCGCUUCCUCGAGGUGGACGAGCGGAGCGGGAAGCCGGUCGCGAGGUACGGGCGGCUACGGCCCUGGGGUGCUGGCGUCGGCAUUUGCAAGGGCCGCACGUUUGCCGAGAAGGAGAUUCUGCUCAUAGCCGCGUGCUUCAUCACACUAUGGGACAUGGAGCCCCCGGGCGGCGGACCGUGGCAAGUCCCGGGCUCUGUGCCUGGGACCGGCGUGGCGCGGCCCAAUAGAGCUGUACGAGCCGUACUCAAGCGACGCCUGUCAUGGUGA